GAUAGUGGAUGUGAACCCCGACUUCCGGGUUUGUGCGCCGGAAGGCACGAAAGCGCAGUGCGCCGCCGAGUGCGAGCCGAGGUCGCUAUGAGUGGUGUCCUGUGUUCCCGGGGUGCGGGAGCGGUCCGGGCUCUGCGGCUUCUGGGCUGGGCUUCGCGAAGCCUGCACCCGCCGCCCCAUGGCGGGUCUCCAGCCCAGCCUACCGACAGCGAAGAGGAGAAAGACGACCCCAACCUCCCCAUCCAGUUUUCCUCCAGCAAAGCCACCCCAACCCGCUGGACGGUGGAGCAUUCCCUGGGGAAGGAGCAGCAGCGGCCCGUGUGGAAAGUGCUGCCGAUCACCCUCACCCUCACGAUUCUGAUCCUCUGGUGCUAUCUAAGGCAGGAGACUAGCACGGACCAGUGGUUGAGACAGGUGUUGGGAGAGGAGGACGAGGAGGACGAGGACGAGCCGGACGGUCGUCCGGAGGAGCCUGAAGCUCCGGUUUUUUUACGGAGCUAGAACGUAACAGGGUUCCUGCUGAGGAAGAAAACAGGCCGCCGUCCUUCUGUUUGGUUGUCGAGUUUGGCGAUUUCUGACCUGAUUCUGUAUGCGUCUUCGAUGCUUUAAAAGGACUUUUGGCGCUGAGACGCGAGAACACAGCACGGAAUUGGAGGCUCGAAAUCUGAUCCUUGCCAGGACACCAGUGCCCAGUGAUUACGUCCAAAGGACUUUUGAGGUUCAUAGAGAAGGUUUUGGCUGCACCGUGUGCUGUUGAAUUUGUGAUGUGUUUGUACAGCCUAAUCAUGUUUCCAGAGCAGUUCUGGUGGGGAUGUUCCCUGCAGCUCUUUUGCUUUCUGAGACAGAAUAACUGCAGAAGGUUUGCACUUUGUACUGUGCCAUGGUGUGUACAACAUCAGUUGAAGCUACUUUAAAUACUAACAGAUGCAAAAUACAUUUGUAAAGUCUAAUGAACACAAUUCUCCCCUCCCCUUGCAUCAAGUGGUUUUUUGUUGUCGUAGUGGUCGUUGUUGUUCGUUUGUUUUGUUUUUUUGAGACAGAGUCUUCCCUAUAUAGGUCUGACUGGCCUGGAACUGGCUGUGUAGACCAGCCUCACCACAGACCGAGAUCUGUCUGCCUCUGCCUCCAGCUCUCCAGUGAUGGGAUUAAAGGUGGGCAGCAGGGGGGGCUGGAGAGGUGGCUCAGCGGUUAAG